AUGGCGGACGACGGGAGGAUUUGUGUGGACAGCAAGCAAUCGGUGCUGAAAAUUCAUGAAAAAUUAAGGAAGGAGGUCCAUAAAAUAGCCGAAAAGAAGUCUUGGUCUGCUGAACAAAAGGAAGAAUUCGAGAAAAAGAUCCUUGAGGUGGGACGCUAAAAGUUGCCACGUUGAUCUGUUAUAAGCUUAACUUACUUUUGUUUAUUACCUUAAAUGCUCUGCUUGAUCGCUUCUCUGACUUGGUUUUUUAUUCUUGUGAAGCUUUAUAAAGAGUCAGUGGAGGAAACUGUUCAAGCAAAUGUGGUAGUUGGAGGGCAAGACUGGAACAAUGUAUCCCAGUCUGAAGAUUCAAGCAUUUCUGUAGUUCGGGAGGGUAAGCUUAUAAAUUAUCUGUAACAAACGAGUUUGAUUCUUCAGAUCAAUAACUUUAUUUAACCAUGGAGUCUUUUUCAUUACAAAGUACUCUCCCAAGGGUCCGUGCACUUUACCAAUAAGUUACACAUAAUAAUUUUAAAUACUUAAACGUAUGUCAUUACAAUUAUAAAAAUUAUUUGAUUUUAAAAUUAAAGUAUGAAAAAUUAAUUAAACUAGUAGCCUACCUAGCCUUCACUCAUUAGUUCAAUUAAGAAAAUUAUUUAAACUAGUGGCCUGCUUAGCCUCGACUGACAGACCAUUCCAUAGAACAGCACCCCUAUACCAGAAACUCCAUUUAAAUGCCUCAGAGUAUGGUAUUGAAACGAAGAGAUUGUGUUGCGAACCCCGCAGAUUAUGUGUUUGAAUGGAAUUGGUGUAGGCAAAUUCCUCUGAUAUCUAUUCGGGUACUUGCCUGUUCACUGUUUUGAAUAGUACUGUCGACUCUCUCUUAACGGACACCUCUAUAAGACGGACACCUCUGUAAAACGGACACCUAUAGUUGGUCCCUGCCUUUCUUUACUCCUUCUAUUUGACUUUCUAUAAGACGGACAUCUCUCUAAGAUGGACAGCUAGUGCCGGUCCCAAAGGUGUCCGUCUUAGAGAGAGCUGACUGUAACGUUUUUAAUUGUUUUUUACAGCAGUUUAAAGGUUGACGUCAUCGCUUCUUAUCCAGGAUAAAUGUCAUUUAAAGGAGCUUUUAGUUGUUCCGCGUUUCACGAGGAAUAGAGUCAUAUUUAAGUUGUAAUCAGCUGAAAUCAAGUCAACAUUGCCAUUGCGUUUAAGCUUACAUUUACAUGGGUUAACCUUGCAAGAUCAUUGCAACAUAAGUGCAAGCUUAUAAACAUAAACAGCGUUUGCUUAUGACUCUGUUGCUUAUUGCCUAGUGAUAGUGUCGCAAACAAAAGUGAAUGAAUAUGCCAAUCACAAUGUACAGGAACAGACCUUGUGAUUGGUUUCUUCUUUUGCAGUUUUUGGUCAUCUCUCUACCAGCAAAAUUGCCACCAAGAAGUCAACUCCCAAAACAAUAACUCUGACAAUUGACACAGUUUACUUACCUAGUAUUGCUUACGUAGGAUUUUUACUUUUUUGUCAAACCCAAAUACUAAACUGUCAAUCUUAAUUGACCAUCGUAAGAUCAAUUUCACAUGUUCUUGGCCCGAGACUCGUGCAUGUGCUAGGGAUUGCGACGUAGUAUUUCCCAGAUUACCAAAGGAUCCUUACCUUCCAUACAAUUUCUUUAAAAAAAACUGACAGAAAAUUCUUUUUGAAUAAAUAUGAUUAAGUAACAUUUUAGUUUCAUUUGUUGUGAAUGUAUUCUUGCAGGGGGUUAGAUAUUCACGGCUUGAAAUGACUAAGGCUUAAAAGUAAUGUGUAUUUUAGAGGUAUAUAGUAAAAAAGUGUUACAUAAGUAGGUUGAGUAUGAUCGCCCGGGUGAACAUACUCCUGAAUAGGAGUGUUGUUGACAGUGACUCAGAUUUGAACAACCUGCACAGUAGUCAUCUUCAGGGUCAAAGUGAGUUUAUCACAUCAGUUGAUGGUAUUAAGCUCUGGUUAUUGACCUGAUCGGUCAAUGAAGUCAUUGUCUGCCACAGCACUGACUCAGUCUUUGGUUUAUCACACAUUUAGACAUUCAUCUAAAACAUACCUGAGAAUUGGCUUGGGUUCUUGAAGGCAGCCUGGUAGGGUUUAGUCGUUUCAAAAUGGCUAAAAUUGAUGCAGUUUUGCCUUUUUACCUCACUUGUUGAUUAGACAAGCAACUUUUCAAUGGGGAAACCUACUUUUGUGUGUUUCAAAAUUGGAAGUGUUUACACAAUUACCGCCGGCCUACUAUGAAAAUUCCUAAACGUUGAUGGGGUCUUGCAGAAAUUUCUUCCAAUAACCCAAGCCAAUUCCCAGGUAUGUUUUAGAUGAAUGUCUAAAUGUGUGAGUUAAAUAGUAUGAAGAGAGUUUGGAGUGGUACCACAUGUUACAUAUUGCUGUCGAAAACAAGUAACAAACUUACCGUAUUUAUUCGGCUAUCCCUCAUUUUCAAAUUUUUUCAAUACGACGAGCCUCGCUAUUGCCCUGGAAGUAUCUUCUAGUGAAAUAAGGACUGCUUAGUUCCUUGAAAGUGUCCAAAUUUCUCCAUGGACCUUUGUUUGCGAAUGCAAAGAAAGUUGAUGUUUGUGAAUUUUAGGUUAAAAAUUAGGCAAUUUUAAGACUCCGACAUUGAAAACCGAUCUUCUAAUCUUUCUCAAAAUUAAAAUUCUUUUGGCAGGAACAAUCUACAUUAGGUUUCUUAUCUACCUAAAAGCUAUCUAUGGACAGAAAGUGAAAGAAAUGGAUUUUCACCUCCUGCCAUGAAUUACGAUUUUGCUUAAUUUUUCCUGACAGUUGCUCUUAAGUCUUCUCUUGUGUCUUUGAAUGUCCAUUACCCUGGUGGUCUUCUUAACGUUUGAUUUUUACUUUUCAGAACUAGAGCCCCUCAACAGAGACAGGGUUGAACAAGUAUUUGCAAUAUGUUCAGAACUGGAAGAUUUAAUGAAAGAUACAACAUUCAAACGGAAAAAUUAUCCACAGCAAAUCACAGAAGGAAUAAAGAAGAUUCUCCAGAGUAAAAAAGAAUUACUCGUAAGUUUUUCAAUGUGGCGUUAGAGCUAGUCGAAAAUGUUGUUAUUCAUGAAUGAGGGCUAGGAGACAAACAAAAUUGAGAAUCAACUUAGGUUAAAAAAUUGUUACAAUUGUUAUUUAAUUUUGACAGGUAUCAAUUCCAAUAGAAAAAAAAAGGAAAAUUGCUUAUCCUGAAAAUGUAUUCUUUCGGUAGGAAAAGUAUCAACCAGCAACAAAAAGUGAUUCCAUAUUGAGCAGUUUCAAUUUCUUAACUUCAGGUAUGACAUUUCUAUGUUUCUGUUGAUUACUUCUAGAGUGUAAUAAUAUUUUCUUGCUGGUGAACAAGAGAACUAGGUGAUGUUUAUCCAUUUGCUGUUAGUUGUAAGUUUCAAAUGAAGGUAUUCUUCUUUGAACACGACAGUGUCUGUGUAUAGAGUCUGUGCAUUGCAGCCAUGUUGGAGGAGUAAACAAUAAAAAUUGUUUGCAUGAAAAUAAAACUUUUUCUCAAAGGAAAAUCAUUUAUUGUCUUACUCCUCCAACACAGCCACUGCACUCAUACGCUAUAAGGGACCUUAAGCAGCAACGACGGCAACUACCGGUAUUAUGAAAACAUGAAUUUGGGCUGCCUCAAACUUCAAAUUUUUUGGUGUUGAAUUCAAAAGGACUGUAUCAAAGUUCAGGAAAAGAAAAAGAAAAAGAAAGUUUUUGUCUUGUGUUCCCAUCCUCAACAAAAUGGGAAAUAUUUAGGCAUUUUCACGUCAUAGUUGUGUAGCGAUGGCUAAGAAAUGUACAAAAAAGCGUGAUGCACAUGCAAAGUUGUUGUUUUGCUGUCGCUGUCGUCGUUGCUUAAGCUUCCUAUUGUGAGGCAGGAGUUUAUUUUCUGUUGGCCAUUUAUCGUGUUUUCCUUUGACACUGUCAUUAUAUUAAUUCCUUAGAUUUUGAUGACUGCAUUCAGAGACUGCAAUCAUUGUCUUCUGAGGUUUCUCAACUGUCAAAGGUUUGUAUACACUAUUUGUUGUUUUUAUGGGAUUACUCAUAACUCAAACAAACAUUGCAAAUCCACGUUUACUUAACGGAUGGAAAUUAAAAUUAAAAAAUUGCAGCAUGCUAAGAGUUUGUCUUUAUCAUUCAUCCAUCUUAUCGCUUUCCACACAUUAAUUACAUGUAUUUUGAUUAAAAUUUAUUCAUUUCACUUCUACAAGUUUCUCUUUCACUUUUGCAAUUACCUAAAAUCACAACAAAUUUUUAAAUGAUAAGUAACUUGCACAGCAGGACUGUGAAUUGAAGGUAAUGAAGUACAUCUCUUCUUUACAUGUAACCAUCACAGAGUUGCAAAGUGAAUAGAGAAUUAGGGUGAAGGAAAAAAGAAAAAAAGAGGGUCAUAACAUAAAAUGAUGCAGAAGCAAGGAGAAUUCAUCUCCAUCGCUUCCCAGAUGCUGAUUGACUAUUCUAGCUGAAGUUGAACUUGUACAGUGUAUACGCAGGGUUUGUUACAAGUCUGACAACAUUAUAAAUAGUAAGGUUAAUUUAAUGGUAAAGAAGCUUGAUAGUAAGGUACUGCCAUUUUACAUAAUGAUUUUACACACAGGCAUUUUAAUCAGCAGUUUAAUUAUCCUGUCUGAGUAAACUGUUCCUAUUUUCUCACUUUUUCAGUCAAUACCAGAACUUCAUGGAAAAGUUCUUCGUCUACAGGAAGUUGUUCAAAACCACAAAGUCAUGCAGAAGAGUGAAACAGAUGCUGUGUUAUUCGGAAGGGACAGUAACAGUGAUGCUAAUUCAUUACCUUCUUCUGGUGAAGUUCCCAUAUCACAGGGUGACCAAACUAAUGAACAAUUAAAUUCCAAGGAUUUUAUUUGGUGGGGAUCAUCUAAGCGAAAGUCAAAUCCUCCUCAAAGACUUGACCCUUCUAAUAACUCACAGGUUUAGAUGAUGAUCUUAUAAUUUAUAGCAUAAUGUUUAAUUCUACAAUAGGCCUUUCUUCACACUCUGCAAGACAUAUCUUUAAAUUAUCAUUUGUUUUAAUUACUCUUUUAAAGUAUCCUGAAAGUGAAAGCGAGAUAGAAGUCCAGCAUAGUAAAUUUUAUGAAUUUCAGAGCUUACAGUAUAUGAUCUAUUGUUUCAUUCUUGUCUUUAA